AUGGACUUCGUCAACAAGUUCACCGGCGGCGACCAGAACAGCGCGCAGCAGCAGGCCGCCGGCUCUUCCGAGCAGAAGCAGGAGGGCGGCGGCUUCUUCAGCGGCCUAGGAAACAAGGCCAACGAGGCGGCUGGCGGCGGCGCGGCUGGCGAGAAGAAUGAGGACAUGCUCGACAAGGGUGUCGACUUCGUCCAGGAGAAGUUCCUCGGCCAGGGCGCGCAGGACAACGAGUCCGCCCUCGAGCAGGCCAAGGACGAGAAAAUCAGCGACUUCAUUCGCGGGCAGUACAAGAACACGACCGGCAGCGAUUUGCCCAUCAAGGACAAGCCGACGACUUUCGAUUAG